CCUUUGAUCAGCAGUCCUUUGGUCUCCAUCAGGGGGUUAGGUUUCUGUUAUAUUUGAUGGUGCUUUGAUGGUGACAUUUGAGUGUUUUUGAGAAAGGAUACGACUGAUGCAUGUUGCUGGGUGACUGGAGGAUUUGAACUGUUAUCUGAGAAGAUGGAUUUGAAAGUGAAGACACUCCUCGCCCUGAUCUGUGUGACCGCCGUGGGUAUGUUUCCAAGAGGAUGCAGGCUGAGAAACUUCUUCUCUCACUAUCAAAGCACUUCUUGUGCUUGUGAUAAAUGUUCAUCAGAAGGAGAUCCGUGGUUCACGCAACGCUUCAACAAAUCUGUGGCACCAUUUCUGUCUUCAGAGUACAAUCUCACAGAGGAAGCUUUUAACUGGUGGAAACGCAUGCAAGGAGAGAGGGGCAGCCUCAGUUCUUUCAGUAAAACAGUGGAAGGACUAUUUCAGGUAGUCCCUCCCAGGCCGGAUCUUGAAGAGCACAGCCCCUACCGCUGCAGGACAUGUGCUGUGGUUGGUAAUUCAGGCAACCUGAAGGGAUCACAUUAUGGAGCUUUGAUCAAUUUCCAAGAUGUUGUCAUUAGAAUGAACAAUGGUAGAGUCGAAGGCUAUGAGGCAGACGUCGGGAACAGAACCACUCAUCGCAUCAUGUAUCCAGAGAGUGCCAUGAAUUUGGAGAACAACACCCACCUCGUGCUGUUUCCAUUCAAGAUACAAGAUCUUCUGUGGGUCACCAAGGCCCUCACCACAGGAUUCCAUGGAACCUCAUAUAGGCCAGUAAAAUCUAAAAUCAAAGCUAACAAGGAUUUGGUGAUGGUGGUCAAUCCGGCCUUCAUGAAGUACGUUCAUGAAACAUGGCUCGGAAAGAAGGGCAGGUAUCCCUCCACUGGAUUCAUGGCUCUGAUAAUGGCCCUGCACAUUUGUGAUGAGAUCCACGUGUUUGGUUACGGAGCAGACAAUGAUGGAAACUGGAGCCAUUAUUGGGAAGUGCUCAGAGACAAAAGUUUUAGAACUGGAGUACAUCCUGGAAACCAUGAGUAUGACACGAUCUUAAAACUGACAGAGCAACAAAAAAUCCAGUUUUAUUCAGGAUGGUGAUUUCUCUCUCUCAAUGUGCAAAGAGCCCUGAUAGUAGGCGAUGCACCAAACUGAGAUGCUGAGUUCUUGAAACUCAAGCCACAACUCUUUCUGAAUGACUUCCUGACCGUGCUCAUGAAACCUGACAAACUGUGAAUUCAUUAUAACUGGUUAUGGGGACAGAACAGAACUGAACAUGUAAAGUGAAUGUGACUGAUCUUGUUGAUUCAGUGAUUUUUAAUGUGAAGGACAACUUAAUGAAAACCAAGAGAAUGUAAGAUAUGUUCUUCAUAGCUGCACUGCUUUGAUCAUUUUUAAUUUAUAGUCCUUUUUCUGCAGGAAUUCAUCUUCAUGACUUUCUUUUAAACAUUCUUCCAGGUGAAAUGUUGAAGUAAGAACCUCUUUAAAUAUACAAAUUUUACUCUGUGUUUUUACAUUUUUAAGUAAAGUUUUAACAGUGCAUCCUCCUGUUAUUCAAAUCGACUCAGCCUUGGCUCAUCAUGCAAAGUGUAAGGAAAUAUCCUGGGCUUCACAGGCGGCUGUAGAGAGAGAGAAGGGUUACCCACAGGUGUCUAUAUAUAUAUAUAUGUUCUGUAUAGACUGCUAACUGUCUACUGCCUUUUUAAUUCUGUCACACCAUCGAUUGAUGUAAACUUAAACCCUGUUUUUAUUUGUCAGUGCCAAAUGCUAUUUUCUUCUUGAAUUUAUGAUGAAGUGUUUUUAAUUGGAAGGAAAUAUUAGGGAGAUGGUUCAGU